AUGUGGAGGAAGGACUUGACUGUAGAAGAAAGUAAAAGACUUGCCAGAGAAAACACUAAAGAUAUAAUUGCUUGUGGAUUCGAUGUAACGAAGACCUUCAUUUUCUCGGAUUUCGGCUAUAAUGAACCUGCUUUCCGUGAAAACGUGGCGGAGAUUUCAAAGCGCGUUACACUUAAUCAGGUUAUAGGAAUCUUUGGCUUCUCCGGGGAAGAUAACAUCGGGAAAAUCGCUUUCCCUCCGGUACAGGCAGCUCCAUCUUUUCCUAGCUCAUUCCCACAUUUGUUCCCUGGCAUGGACAAUCUCCGUUGCCUGAUUCCUUGUGCAAUUGACCAGGAUCCUUAUUUCAGAAUGGCUCGUGAUGUUGCACCUCGGUUAGGCUAUAACAAGCCUGCUCUAAUUGAGUCAUCAUUCUUUCCUGCUCUACAGGGAUUUAGUGGGAAAAUGUCUGCUAGUGAUCCAAGUUCCGCUAUCUAUCUGACUGAUACCGCCAAGGACAUUAAAGAAAAGAUAAACAGUGCCUUGAGUGGUGGGCAGAAGUUGUCCGUGGAGCAAAAAGAACACGGAGCAAAUCUCGAGGUAGACGUACCGUUCAAGUAUUUGAGUUUCUUCCUCAACGAUGAUUCUGAACUUGAACACAUUAGAAAGGAGUAUGGAGAACCAGGAGGACGAAUUCAAAGCGGAGGCGUAAAGAAGCGACUCACUGAAGUGUUGACAGAAAUUGUGGAGAGACACCGUAAGGCUCGAGCUGCCGUUACCGAGGAGAUGGUGGAUGCUUUCAUGGACGCGAGACCUCUCCCAAGCAUGCUCGAGUAG